AUGGCGGGACACUUCUGCUUUUGUGGAGAUUCAACAGUUUUGAAGACCAGCUGGACUGAUGGCAAUCCAGGCAGGAGGUUCUUCGGGUGCAGCAAGUACGGGACAAAUGGGGCUUGUAAUUACUUCAGAUGGCAUGACCCAGUACUUGACGAGCAUAUGAAAUUUAUGGUGCUGAACUUUCAUCGUCGAAUCCGGGAGCAAGAGAAUAGGCAAAAUGGGAAAGGGGCCAAAUCUAAUGGCAAAAUAUUGUCCAUCUUCUUUGUGUUUGCUCUUGUAUUCUUUUGCAUUUGGACCGGAAAGUAA